AGUCUGUCACGUGUGUAGUCAGAGUUGCCUGACCAAAGGGUAAUUUAUAGAGGAAGAAGAAAAUUUGACGUUUAACAUAACCUCUUCAAAAGUAACUUGUCAAACUUAUCCCACAUAACCCACUUAUUAAAUACCCAUCAAAAAUGUCAAAAAACUUAAAAAUUAUGCAAGGGGCCUUGGUUUGUGAAGAAUCUAAGUUACGCGGUGAUAUUACUAUUGGUGCAGGCACAAUAAUACAUCCUUGCGUUACUAUAAUAGCUGAAGCAGGUCCUAUAAUCAUUGGUGAUGGCUGUUUAAUUGAGGAACAAGUUAAAAUUAUCCAUAGAUUACCGUUCAGCCAACAAGAAAAAGAAAAAGAAAACACUUCUGUAAUGAUCAUAGGUUCACAUAAUGUAUUUGAAGUGGAUUGUACAGUCGAAGCAUUAAAGAUUGGUAAUAACAACGUAUUUGAAUCUAAAUGUUUUGUGGGGAACAAAGUAACUGUUACUGAUGGUUGUACGAUAGGAGCAGGUUGUAAAAUUACAGAGGAACAAAUUCUUAAAGAAAAUACGGUCAUUUAUGGAGCUAAAUGUAAUAUGAGGGAAGCUAUAGAUAAACCAGCUAAUCAAAACUUACAAAUGGAUACACUUAUAAAAAUGCUGCCAAAUUAUCAUCACAUUAGAAAACCAAACAAGAAGAAUUAAUAUUGUACAUUGCAUGCAAAUUAUAUUUUUAUCUGUAAAUUUACUUUUUAUAUUGUGACUAUUUUAAUUUUUAACUAUUUUUUAUAAUAUGUAUAUUAUAUGAUUUUAAAGCUUUAAAAUAAGUGGAUCAGAUUGUACUAAUAAUAGAUCAACAAGAUUGUCAGAUCUGAUCAAUUUUAUUUUAUUAAUUUAUGUUUGUUAUCUUUACUUAUUUAAGUAUGAAUUUUAUUUAUACAAUUUUAUAAUAAAUAUUUUU